CUAUAGCAACAAAGACUGCAAAAUCUCGAGCUUUUUUUAUGUCAAAUGUCGUCGCUGUGCUGCUUAGGACUUGCUCCGCAAUGGAGGGAGAAGAGCGUGCGCUUCUUGCUCUUCCGUCACUCGAAGAGAAGGGCUUGUAGUAGCAGCAGCUUCGUGCCCAGAAUCACUUCCUCUUCAACCAAAGCAACACAGUUGGGUUAUGAUCCUUCUGAGGACUUUUUCGGGCUCGAGGCCAAUCUAAAGCCAAGGAAUGCUACUUUGGGUGCACGCAAACCAAGAUCCUGGUUCGGUCCAAAUGGGCAGUAUAUCAGAGAGCUACCUUGCCCAAGUUGCCGAGGGAGGGGCUAUACUCCCUGUUCAGAAUGUGGUAUAGAAAGGUCCAGAUCAGAUUGUUCACAGUGUGUUGGGAAGGGCAUAAUGACUUGUCGUCAGUGCUCGGGAGAUUGUGUCAUAUGGGAAGAGUCAAUUGAUGAACGACCAUGGGAGAAAGCCCGCUCAAUUUCUCCUCUCAAAAUGAAGGAAGAUGAUGAAGUUGACAAUUUAGACAUAAAGCUGGAUGUGAAGAAAAAAUCAAAGCGAGUAUACCAGUCACCACCUCCUGAAGUCGGACUGAAGAUCAGCCGGUCUCUAAAAAGUUUGAAUGCCAAAACUGGUCUAUUUAGUAAGCGAAUGAAAAUCAUCCAUCGUGAUCCCAUGCUUCAUGCUCAAAGAGUGGCUGCAAUUAAGAAAGCCAAGGGAACUGCUGCAGCAAGAAAGCGUGCUUCUGAAGCUUUAAAAGUUUUCUUUAGUGACCCAGAAAACCGUCGCAAAAGGAGCAUUGCAAUGAAGGGAGUGAAAUUUUAUUGCAGACACUGUGGACGUGAGGGGCAUAGGAGACACUACUGUCCAGAACUGAAAAGUAGUUUGAUAAAUAGGCAGUUCGUGUGUGGCAUUUGUGGGGAAAAAGGCCAUAACAGAAGAACUUGUCCAAAGUCAAGGUUGGGCAGCCACAAAAGCGCAGUUAGAAGACAUCACCAUUGCAAGAUAUGUGGUCAAAGAGGCCAUAAUAGCAGGACAUGCCCUAAACUGUUAGGGGUAAAGUCCAGUGUUGAUAUAAAGAAAGGCUUUCACAGUUCUGGUCGCAGAGGAGCAUACAAGUGCAAGUUGUGCCAACAAAAUGGGCAUAAUAGUAGGACAUGUCCUAAUAAAAUUGUAUCUUCUUGAAAGAUUGAUUAUCAAUCUGAACCAUGGAACAAUUUUCUGCCUUACCAGACAAAUCCAAAAAA